AUGAUAAGAAGUUAUAAGAUACGGUCCAUUCCUCCUUUAUUUGGUGUGGGCUACGCCACACCUCACAAACGCCACACCACACAAACCGCACGCCACGCGGCCACGCCAGCACUACGCCCACACCACGCCAGGCACCAGCGCCACAGCACACCACUUCCACUCACAGCACAGCGCACGUCGCAUGCCGGCACGCUGGGGCGCGCCGACGACGGCAGCGAGCGCACCAACAGCCACGACGCACACCGACAGUCCACGGCAGCGAGCCACGCGCAUACACCCACGACGCAACGCGGCACAGCCACGCGCAUGAGCACACGCCGAGGGGGCACACGCAGCAACAAGCAGCGACGACCAGCAGGCAUGCGCCACAGCACCGACGGCCACACCACGGCACACCACACCACGCCACAUCCACACCCACACGCCACACCACACCACGCCACACCAAACGCCACACCACGCCACGCCACCACCACCGCUAGAGCGUGCCACACCACACCAGCCACAGCACCCAGCAUCAGCGCGGCCCGAGGCACACCACGCCACACCCACCAAACCCACACCAGCACCACACCACACCACAGCAAGAGCCUCGGCGAUAGCAGUGCCACGCCACAGGCCCCCACAGCACCACGCCACACCACCACACACGCGCACACCACGCCACAUCACACCACGCCACACCACGCCACACCACACCACGCCACGCCACCCCAGCCACACAACGCGCACACCUCACCACCCACACGCCACACCACAUUCCGACAGCACGCUACAGCACACCACGCCACACCACACCACGCCGCACCACGCCACAGCCAGCACACACGCCACACCACGCCACCCCUCGCUAUAGCAUGCCACACCCACGCCACGCCACACCCACGCGCACAGCACCACGCCACACCCGUCGCUUUAGCAUGCCACACCACGCCACACCACGCCACACCACAGCCACCCACAACCACCGCGCCACACUACACCACACCACGCACACCUCGCUAUAGCAUGCCACACCACGCCACACCACACCACACCACGCCACACCUCACUAUAGCAUGCCACACCCACGCCACACCACGCCACACUUGCUAUAAUCGCCACACUCCUAUACAUGCACGCAACACCACGCCAGGCCCUCGCUAUAGCAUGCCACACCCACGCCACACACGCCACGCCACACCACACCUCGCUAGAGCAUGCACACACCACCGCCACACCAGCGACGACACACCACGCCACGCCACAGCCCACAGCCACGCCACGCCACAGCCACGUCACACCACGACCACACCACGCCACACACCCGCGCACACCACGCCACGCCACCACGCCAACACAGCCUACAGACGCUACAGCACGUCGCACCACGCCACAGCACACAACGCCACACCCCACCCUCGCUAUAGCAUGCCACACCACGCCACACCACACCACGCAACACCACGCGCCACACCUCGCUAUAGCAUGCCACACCACACCACGCCACACCACGGCCACACCGCGCCACACUACAUCCACGCCACACCACACCACACCACGCUACACCUCGCUAUUAGCAUGCCACACCACACCACGCCACACCUUGCUAUAACAUGCCACGCCUCGCUAUAG